AUGGAACUGAGAAAGGCUUCCAAAGCUACGGUCCCGGUUCAAUCGGUUUCGUGGAAACAAAGCCACAAGUUGAAAAGUUUCGGCGCAGUUGCAUUCAUCUUCGGUCUCUCGACCCUUAUCUACAUCUUCACUUUCCUCUGUAAUGAUGUGUCUGGCUGCCCUGCCCCAUCGCUGCUCGAUCCAUCGACAUUUUCCAUCGAUAAGUUAAAGGACGAAGUUGGUUGGCCUCAAGACGGUCUCAAAGCCUUUUUUGACGUGCGAGUGACAUUGUGGGUGCUGAGUUACUACUUCCUCAGUUUGACUUUGUACGUGUUUCUACCUGGCGAGGUGGUUGAGGGCACAGAAUUGGCCUGCAAGGGGAGGCUUCGGUAUAAGUUCAACGCAUUUUCUUCUGCCAUUUGUAUCCUCUCUGGUUUAGCUCUGGGCACAUACGUGUACGGUGCUGAUUUCAUUGUAUGGGUUUUCAUCUGGGACAACUACUUGCAGAUUAUCACGGCCAACUUGAUAAUCUGUAUAGCCCUCGCCACCUUCGUUUAUGCAAAAAGUUUCUCGAUCCCUAAACCCGGUCAACUCAAUCCCGAACUAAGAGAGUUGGCACCGGGUGGCCACACCGGAAAUGCUCUGUAUGACUUCUUCAUCGGCCGUGAGCUGAAUCCGCGGAUACAACUGCCUAUUCCUUUUGUCGACGAGGCCUCACGAACAAUCGAUAUCAAUGUAUGGUGUGAGAUGAGGCCAGGACUACUUGGAUGGAUCAUAUUGAACUUGUCCAACAUGGCCCGCCAAUACAGAACGUAUGGCUAUAUCUCAAACUCUAUCGUACUCUCGACCGCAUCCCAAACCUUCUAUGUGCUGGAUGCGCUGUACAUGGAACCAGCAGUUCUGACUACGAUGGAUGUGAUUAUGGACGGAUUCGGUUAUAUGCUCUCUUUUGGACACCUGGUAUGGGUACCUUUCAUCUACAAUAUGCAAACCAGAUAUCUUGCGGUUUUUCCACUAGAAUUGUCCUCGAGAGAUAUUCUGUUAAUUCUGACCAUUACUGGUGUGGGGUACUCGAUCUUCCGCGGCGCCAACAAUCAGAAGAACCGUUUCCGUACGGACCCCAACGACCCCCGUUUGAAGCAUAUCAAAUACAUCCAGACAUCAAGUGGCUCCAAGCUGAUGAUUUCCGGCUGGUGGGGAGUGGCGCGCCACAUCAACUACUUAGGCGACUGGCUGAUGUCGUGGUCGUAUUCAUUGCCUACCGGGGUUUCCGGCUAUAUCAUGAUUGAAACUAUGAACGGCGCUGGCGACAUACAGAAGCAGGCCGUACAGAUCCCUGAAGCCCGCGGCUGGGGAAUCAUUUUCACUUACUUCUUCAUGCUUUAUUUUGGUAUUCUGCUCAUCCACCGGGAGGCGCGUGACGAAGAAAAGUGCAAAAAGAAAUAUGGCGCCGACUGGAAGCGCUAUACGUCGAUCGUUCGCAGCCGCAUCAUCCCCGGUCUCUACUAG